AUGGCACCCUCUCAAAUUCCUAGUUUCAUAAAUGGCCUAAGGAUUUCGAUUUCCGUUUUGGAUGGUAGCGAUGGCUUUCGCAUUUUCUCCAUCAAUAGCUGUGACAAGGUUGAGGAAAUCUACGCCAGAGAUUCGGAGCAUAUCAUUUUGAUCGAGCGCCUAUUCAAUAGCUCUCUGGUGGUGAUGGUCACUGCCGAGAAACCGCACUGCUUGCAAAUGUUGCACUUCAAGAAGAAUCAGAAAAUCUGCAAUUGUGUCUACCCUACGAAUAUACUCAGCAUACGCAUGAAUCGUACGCGUUUGAUUGCCUGUCUAGCGGAGAGCAUACACAUUCACGACAUACGCGACAUGAAGAUGCUCUAUGCCAUUGAGAAUAUUGCACCCAACGAGCUGGGCUUGUGUUCCCUAUCGCUAAACUCGCACUUAGCCUUUCCCAUCUGCAGUACCAGCGGUGAGCUGCGUCUCUACAAUGCAUCCAAACUGAAGCCAGGCAUCACAAUUCGGGCGCAUGAAAGUCGUUUGUCGGCAUUGAAUUUCUCACCCAGCGGCCAACUGCUGGCGACCGCCUCGGAGCGUGGCACUGUGAUACGUGUGUUCUGUGUGAAGACUGGUCAGCGCGUGCAGGAGUUUAGACGCGGCGUGAAACGUUGCGUACGCAUAGCAUCGCUGGUAUUUUCGGUUAAUGGACAAUUUCUCUGUGUCACCUCGAAUACAGAGACAGUGCAUGUAUUCAAAAUCGAUGAAAAAGCAGUGAUGACGGCGCUAGAGGCUGACGCUUUGAAAGCGUCAAAUACUGCCGCAGCUGCUAAACAAUUGGAAAAGCAGUCGACGCAGCCGGGCAAAAGUGAAGCGCAAAUUGAAAAUGCUGUAGCGCCAGCUGCUGAUGCAUCGCUUGUCUCCACAUCGCCGGGCGCCUCGGGUAGCGGCUGGUCCGAUUACUUUUCGAAGGCUGUAUCCUCAUAUCUCUUGCCAACGCAAGUGAGCGAUGUGCUCGCGCAGGAUCGCGCCUUCGCUACGGCGGUCAUAGCACAGCCUGGCAUGCGUCACAUUUGUGGACUGACAUACGUGCAGAAGCAAUUGAAGGUGUUGAUCGCCAGCGAGGAGGGUUUCCUCUACAUUCACGAAUUCAGUGCGGAACGCGGUGGCGCUUGCAAAUUGGAAGCGGUACAUGAUCUACGCGGUGCGCUAGACGGUGUCGUAGAGCUCAGCCUCUCUGAUAACGCUNGCGGCAGUGAAGCGAAAAGUAAAAAGAGCCCUAUUCCACGUUGCGUCUUACAAAAUCCAGAUCCAGUGCGGGAUAAUUCAUAUGCCGGUAUACUAAAAGGACAACAGGCAGCCAAUUCGCUAACGGACUCUGCCAAGUACCGUAAACUUUGUGAUGCCAUUGAUACGCCGAGUAAACUCUUUGAUGAACGUCAAUUUCCGCCAGUGGCCAUUGCAGCCCGCGAUUGACUAACAAAGCGAAGGAGUGAAGAAAAGGAACGUUUUACGACAGCUGUUGCGAAAGCUUAAAUUUAUAUAUAAAGAAUUUAGUGGCAAUUUAUUUAUAUACAUAUGUAGAUUUGCUUGGUUUGCGUCUGAAGCUUUCUCUUGUAUUUAGGUGUAUAGUGGCACAGCUGGUUGAUUAAAAAAUAUGACAUGCAUACAUACUACAUAUGUAUGCCAUUAAUUAAAAAUAAUAAUUUAGCGAAAUUUAAAAAGCGUAUCAAUUUAGCGAUUAAUUAUUGUUUGAAUGUUGUAUAAAAUUCUAUUAUGAAAGCUAUUUUUUUAAACGUGGAAUGUUAGAAAAUACAUACAUAUGUACAUAUGCAUACGUACAAGUAUUAAUAUUAGUUUUAACACAGGCAAAUUAUGUAUAAAUUUAGAUACAUGCACACGCAUGUAGCAUAAAAGCAAAAAAAGAAAAAUUUAAAAUAUCUGUUAGUAAAUUAAGCUUAGUAAGCAUUUAUAUAUACAUAUUAUAUUUCUAUGUUUACGAUAUUUUCUGCGAAACUUUGGCCCAUAAAGCGACUAUAAUAUAUUUUCAAUAUAGGGCCCAAUAUGUUGCGCUCUCUUUUCCACUAUGGCAUAGACAGGCGGCGACGUAAAUCCGGAUUAACGGUGCAGUUGAUCUGAGCAAAAUUCUACCCUGGCAGACGUCAGUGUUGCGUAUUAAGUAGGUCAGAAAAAUUUAUUAAAAAAUUUUUGAGUUCCUUCAAUUAUUACUUUUAUUUUUCAAACGUAAUUAUAGU